CGUAAAUAAAACAGAAACCUUCUAAAAAUACAAGCGUCCUUUUCGCGCAAGUGAGCAGUCCUAAGUACUGAGUGCUCUACAAUGGGAGUUAAAGGAGUGCUGUUGUCUCUUUCACUUAUGGCUCUACCAAAUAGAGCUAUCUCAACAUGAGCCCUUCAUUUCUAUAAAGGUAUAAGCGGACGGCAGGGUCAUAGUUCCACGUGAGAUUGUGUUUUGUAAUCAGUGAAGUGCCGCCUUUAUUCUGUAGCAGAAGUACAAUGUUCGCGCGUUUGACACUUUAACAUUUGUUUGGCGGGAACACGAUUUUGAUACGCCCGUUUUUAGUGUUGCUUAUAGUGAAAUGUAUUGCAGUUAAAAAUUACAACAGUUAUUGCAAGGGCAAUAACUAGGAUUUUUUUCUCUCAAAGUUCUAUAAGGGCAUCAUCAUAGAAGAAUACGGGGUGUACACAAUGCUGCCGGCGCAGCAGAUAACGCCAAUCUCUCCUUGGCCACCCGAUACCAACCUUCUGGAUCGGAUGGACGAUCUGGCGCACAAAGGUCACAGCGGUGUUAACCAGCUCGGCGGGGUGUUUGUAGGAGGCAGACCGCUACCUGACUCCACGCGGCAGAAGAUCGUUGAGUUGGCGCACUCCGGGGCGAGGCCCUGCGACAUCAGCCGGAUACUGCAGGUCUCCAAUGGCUGCGUGUCCAAGAUACUCGGCAGAUAUUACGAGACUGGGUCAAUUCGACCUCGGGCAAUCGGUGGUUCAAAGCCACGGGUAGCGACAGCCGAGGUUGUAAGCAAGAUAGCGCAGUACAAACGGGAAUGCCCCUCAAUCUUCGCGUGGGAGAUCAGAGACCGCCUGCUUAGCGAAGGAGUCUGUUCUUCGGAUAAUAUACCUAGUGUAUCAUCCAUCAACAGAGUUCUACGAAACCUGGCAGCUCAGAAAGAGAAGUCGACAAACCAGCAACCGUCGUCUGAUUGUUCCACCCCUGUGUAUGAGAGAUUACGGCUUUUGGGGACUCCGGGGUCCACGCCAAGUUGGCCUAGAGCCCCUUGGCCAGCUCAGAUCGAUACUCGCUCCCCCUAUCAGCUUCACAGUCUGAGCCCUGGACCUCAGACUAUAGGCUGCAAUGGAGAUUUAACGGGGAUUAAGAAAGGUGAAGAAGCACUGGAGGGCAUUGAAGGCCUCAACUCCGAUGAGACCGGGUCUGGGGAUAAUUCGAACGCCGGCUCCAGCGGAGCAGACGAUGAUGCAGCCAGGCUUCGUCUCAAGCGCAAGUUGCAGCGGAACCGCACAAGCUUCACAAACGAACAAAUUGAUAGCUUGGAGAGAGAAUUUGAAAGAACACACUACCCUGAUGUUUUCGCCCGAGAGAGACUUGCGGCUAAAAUUGGUCUUCCUGAAGCUAGAAUACAGGUGUGGUUCUCGAAUCGUCGCGCGAAGUGGCGUCGCGAGGAGAAGAUCCGCAGCCAACGUCGGAGCCCGGAGUGCUACGGGGCCCCGCAGGUCCCCGCUCCUGCCGCCCCACCACUGCCAGCUCCCGCGCCACACCAUCACAGUCACACGCAUCACACACCUUAUCAACCACAGGUCAACGUUGACACUUACAGCCCACUGACUCCAAUGGGAUACGGCGCAAGUAGUGGCAUGGUGUCAGACGCAUCCGUCUGUGAGGGAAGUGAGGCAGAUCUGUGCAAAAGCGGAUUUCUAGGUUAUCCCCGUUAUGAGCUAGGCUACCGACAGCCGCAUCCGUAUAUGAACCAUGGUUACCAGCAUGAACCAGCGUCUCCCCCACCAGAAUUGGGCGGUCUUUUAGGUGCAGGAGUUUCAGUUCCGUUGGCGGUUCCAGGUCAAGACUCCCAACAGUACUGGUCGCGUCUGCAGUGACCCUGGUGGAACUAGACAUACAUCCAACAAAUAAAACAUUCAGGCACUUAUUCAGGGAAUUACCCUCAUCCUUUAUAGGAUUAAUAUUAUGACAAAUUAUGAAGUAAUAAAUCAAUUGCUGCUUCAAGGAUGUCAUAAAAACUUUAUGGUGUUGUUUCCUGAUACUCAAAUGGAGACGAUUCCGGCUCCUGUUUUUGUGCCUGACUGAAGCAAGAUAUUUGAAGCCAUUUCUACCAUUUCAACUACCACUAAUAUUUAUUAAUCUGAACAACGCUAUUUAUUAAUUAAUAUAGAACAGAAAUAAACAGUAUGAUUGAUGUUAUCUUACGUAUAAUACCUCGAGUUUUCAAACAUGAAUAAAAAAUUCGAAACCCUUGUUACUAUUUUCACCAACAGCGCUUGUAAAAAUAUGGCUUAAUACGUUGUGUAUGUUCAUGGCAUGUAAUUUUAUAAAUAUAGAAUAAGAUCUGUAUAAACUAAAUUCUAUAUUUGGAUAAAAACUGUAGUUUGUCGGUUUCAAUUUAGUUUAAGUAAAAUUGUUAUUUCAGAUCAAACUCCAGAUUUGCAUCAAGGUGUAAUUAAUCUAUAUACCAAAUAUCUGUCACAAAUCGAUAAUAAGCGCACACAUUUUAUUUUACAUAGUUGGGGCCUCGGUGGCUCUACACUGAAUACGCCCCUGUAUUCCAUAGAAUAAAGAAUUUACAUAUCCAGUAGCACGAAAUAACAAUGAGCACAAAUAAAGGCUCAAAUUGUAUUUAUGUAAAUUAUUCUAAUUAACGUUAUAAUAGGUGUCAGUAGGUAAUGUUUAAAUAAUUUAUUUUGGACCUCAAAGCCUGUAAGGUGAACAAUACUUUGUGAUUUAUUUUAAGGGAAACGCAAGUGUAGAUUACGCCUAUUAACCGUGUAGGCGAUUUUAUUUGGCUCUUAGAUUCAGAGAUAGGUCCAAGCUAUAUAUUUUAUCUUGAGACCACAUCAAACAAGGGAGACGGGUAAGAUCGAGAAUCGAGACUUAACACAAAGUCCGACUCCCAUACGACAAAAAUGUUUUCAAUUUUGAUAAACGGGAGUCAUGCGCUAAGUUUCCGAACCUCACUCAUCAUCUUGAGUUUAAGUUUUAUGUAUUAGCUAAUUCUUAUAACCUACAUAUAUAUUAUGUAUUCUCCAAAUUUGUCAUUUUGUCACUUAUUUUACAUCGAUAUUCUGUACCUGUAUUCCAUCUCUGUCUGUAAUUCAUUAGCAUCUUAGCAUACCUUACUUGGUCGGCUUUUUAAAAUAAAUCGUCAAUGUAUAUAAUUAAAACACCGGUGUUAAA